UCUUCGUUGUCGAACGCCAUAGUGGACGCCUCGUUGCAGAGGACGGUCGAAAGUGAGCCAGACUCGUUGUCUGCGAAAAGCUUGUGGUCUUUGUACGCAGUGGUAGAAACGAGUAUACGUACAUUUUAAGCGAACGAUGGCAGGAGCCGAUUCGCCAAAUGUAAAACAGGAGCAGCAAAAUCCGACAGUAGAAAAUAGUAACGAAAAUGCACGAGAACGAAAUCCACCGGGUGGCGGAAACCGUGGUCCGCGUGGUCGAAAAGGCGGCACACGAUUUUCUGGUGGACGCGGUGGCGGAAUGGGCGGUGGAAACAGAAAUAAUGAUGGACCGAUGAAGAUGAGCGAUUCCAUGGAUGGUGGAAUGGAUAACACAAUGUCUGAAGGAAUGGGCGGUGGUAUGGGGGGAGGAAUGGGUAUGGGGCGCGGGGGCGGAAUGCGAGGUAGAGGUGGCCGAGGAGGUGGUGAUAGAAACAUGGGAAAUCGUUCUCAAGAUGAUCGUUUAAUGGAACGUAUUAUGGCUAUUAGUGGACCAACUCAUGAUUUGCCAGUUCAAGAAACUACAGAAAAGAAGUUCAGUGGUCGAAAUCGUUUAUAUAUUGGAAAUUUGACAAAUGAUGUUACAGAAGAAGAAAUCCAACAGAUGUUUCAACAAUAUGGAGAAAUAUCAGAACUUUUUGUCAAUAAAGAGAAGAAUUUCGCAUUUCUCAGAAUGGAUUACAGGGUAAAUGCUGAGAAAGCAAAGCACGAAUUGGAUGGCACAAUGCGUAAAGGACGCGCGCUUAAAGUGCGUUUUGCUCCACAUUCGUCCACAAUUAAAAUUAAAAAUCUUACACCUUGGAUUUCAAAUGAAUUGCUUGAGAGAUCAUUCAGUGUUUUCGGUGAAAUUGAACGCGCGAUAGUUAUAGUGGAUGACAGAGGAAAAACUACCGGUGAAGGAAUCGUAGAAUUCUGCAGGAAACCAUCAGCCCAACUUGCUUUACGAAAAUGCACUGAAGGAUGUUAUUUUUUGACCGCUUCUUUGCGUCCAGUCGUUGUUGAACCAUUCGAACAACAAGACGACGUUGAUGGUUAUCCGGAUAAGAAUUUACCUAGAAAAAAUCCUGAAUUUUUCAAAGCUCGCGAUAUUGGUCCCAGAUUUGCACAGAUAGGAAGCUUUGAACACGAGUAUGGAACAAGAUGGAAGCAACUGCAUGAAUUGUACAAACAAAAAGAAGAGGCACUAAAGAGAGAAAUGGCAAUGGAGGAGGAAAAGUUAGAAGCUCAGAUGGAAUUUGCACGUUACGAACACGAAACGGAAUUGUUAAGAGAACAACUGCGUAUGCGUGAAGCAGACCGAGAGAGGCAAAAAAGAGAAUGGGAAAUGAAGGAAAGACAAGCAGAAGAGCAAAGAACACGAGAAGAAGAAUUACGAAGAAGGCAACAGGAAGAAAUGGCAAUACGCAUCAGAAGGCAAGAAGAAGAACUUCACAGGCGUCAACAAGAAAAUAAUCUAUUUAUGCAGGAGCAGGCAAUGAGAGGAGGUGGUGGUGGCGGCGGAGGUGGAGGCGGUGGAGGUGGAAUGGGAGGGAAGAAUUACGAUUCCGUUAGUAAUAGUGAUCGCGAUGGAUAUGGUCAACCUGAUGGUGGAAGCGGCAUGCCAGUGGACCCAAAAUCUUUCAUGGAUGCUUAUAACAGUAUGGAUCGUGGUAGCCGUGGGGGUUACAAUGAUGAUCGUGGUCAAAUAAUGGAUUUGAUGGACAUGAGGGUCGACAUGGGCAACAUGGGUGGCGGUCGCGGUGGUAGUGGUGGUGGUAGUGGACGUUGGCAAGGUGGAAAUGAUCGAAAUCGUCAGGACGAUUAUCCUAACAAGAGGAGACGCUAUUAAAAAAUAUCGCAGUAUUAAAACAGCCUUUUUUUUUUUAAUCGAUCAAGAUGAAAAUUUAUAUUUCCUGAUAGUUCGCAUUGUAUUCUUCAGUCAUUUUUCCACAACUUCUGCUAUCGAUCGUCUCUCACGUUUUAUAUCAUAUAGGGGGCGAAUAUUGACAAAAAUUGAAUGGGCAGAAAUGGGAAGGGGUUAGUAGUGAUUUGAUAUCUUCCGUGUUAGAUCUGACAUCGUAACCAUCGUGCACCGUUUGCGGAUACGAGACUGCUGUGUUUUUAUACAGUUUUUAAGUUAUCAGAAUAUUACCGAACUUGCGAGCGCAAUUAAGUGCAAAGAGAUAUUGCUUCGGAUGGAUUAUAAUACUAAUUAUACAUUGACGAGAAUUCUCUUCGGGCUUUGGUGAAACUUUCCCUGGUGAAAUAUGAACCAGAAAUCGAUACUUGAAGUACAGUUAAUGUUGGCCACUAAGAAUCCAAUCAUAUAUCGUUUUUCAAUCAUUUUCUUUUAGCAUAAGAAAUAUUACAUUCAAAUCGUAUAUCAUUUUUUUUUAUUUCUCAGAGUCUGUUCUUUUCUAAAGAAAUAGAAAUGAACUUCGAAUUCACGGUAUCUCUUCUAUGAACGCUGUCAUGAUAAUAUAUCAUAAUGUAGAUGCGAAGUAUAUUCAUUGUCAAUUACUAUUUAAUGAAAAAACAUCAUGUGGGAGUUUGAUUUCGUGAAUAACUGUAAAUAUUCAAAACGACGGUAAUAUAUUAGUAUUUGUCAUUUAUUGUAUUGUCAUAGUAUACUAUUCAUAGCUUAGCUUAUCGUUCAUUUGAAUCAAUAGUUUUCCAAGAUGAAAGUAAUAAUAUUAUACUCUAAUCGUACCUUUCGCUUUGUAUUUCACAAAUACAAAAAAAAAAUUAGAACAUUAGUUUAUAAGUGAGAUUGCGUUACUCUGAAUGAAAUCAGUAUCAUUCACUCGGCAAUUUACCCUUCUAUAGGAAAAGUUACGCAGAUACGCCUGUAUUAAAGACAAUUUUAGCUAGUGCAUUAUCGGUAUUCGUACAUUCGUGUUUUUACGCUAAUAAAUGGUGUAACAAUUUCACCAUUGAAGAAUAUAUACAAUUUCCUCAUUACUUGAAACUUCAUAAAAGUAAUUAUGCUAGAAUAAGACGUAUAUCAGCAGAAUAAUCUGCAAUUGUGUUACUGAAACUUUGUGAAGGAACUUCAUUGACAAAAAGUAAUUUUAUGAAUAAAGGUCUAUAUAUAUAUGUAUAUGUAUAUGUAUAUGUAUAUGUAUAUAUAUAUAUACAUACACGCAUCUAUAUGUAGAGGAACUAUUUAUUUAAAUAAUUAAUAUUCAUGGUUGUGGAAGCAUUCCAAAUAUGUGUGCUUGAAGGAUAAUGCGAAAAUUUAUGAAGUUUUUUUAGCGCUUCAGCGUGUAAAUUAUAUCCACUGAAAACCAAUCGGAAGUUUGAAUCCAAUAUCUGUCAUACAUUUACUGAAACAUUAUUCUUAGGGGUUUCAAGUUGCUUAUUGCGUGGAAUCAAAUUAUUCUUCGCAUAUAGACAGUUUAUAUUUCUGCAGCAAUUACAUAUUAAUUUUUUUUAGGAAGGCCUUUUCUUGUUGAUCAUUCAUGAUGCAAUGUAACGUUGGUUGAAAUGAACACUCAACCAAUGAGUUUGUGAUUUACAUACAAUAUAAUUUCUGCUAUUUUCUUUGUAUAGUUUUUAAGCAGAGAAAGUUUAAGCUUUUCUACUUAACAAAAACUAUAGACUGAAAAUUAUAGAAAUAUGUUGACAAACUACUUAAAACUGGUUUAUUGGGGAACAUUGAACAUAUUGACAGAAACAUUCCGAAUUUCUGAUGAUUGUAUUUUUAAGCAUGCAAAAGUUUAACAUAUUAAAUUAAAACAAUAGAUAGGGGUUUAAAAAACAUUCUCUCGUGAUACGUAUUGUGGGUAUUAAACCAAUGGUGGCCAAACCUUCUAUAUACAGUCUAUCAGAAAUAUUUUAGAAGUUGCAUCAUCUGUUAGAAUAUAUAUAAUGCUAUAUUAGAUUCCAUUGUUUAUAUUUACCUCUUACCCUACGAUUUAAGUUCUGAUGCCCCAGCCAUAGUUAAUACCAAGAUUGAUCACGCGUCGAGUCAUUUGUUUUAUAGUUUAGCCGAGUGUUCAAAGUUGCGCCAAUUGCACACGUUUUACGAUGUAUUUUUUAAUGAUGCAGUCAUAUUUUAUCGUUUUCAAAAUUGCAAACUUGGUACAUACUGUUUUACAUUUGGCCUGAUCGACAUAUUACUAUUCUCGCCCAUAAUUUUUAUGUUUGGCCCGAUUUCUUUACUCCGAGUCUCAUAUAUUCUUGUAGACGAAGGGGUUAGUAAUGCAUAAUUUUUGUUUGUUUUUUAUAUAAAUAAUUGUCCAGAUUUCAUAAAUUGAAUAAGUAUACGAGAGAUGCAAUAAUUAUUUAGAAGCCACGAUUUGGUCACCGUUGGUAUAAACUAAACGAAAAUAUACUUACGUUGACAUAUUUGUCAAAUGAAUAUCUAUGCUUAUGAAUAGUAUAACUUUAUGUUUAAAGACAAAGCAUAAUUAUCAAAAUUUACA